AUGGCCAUGAGAUUUUUGCUAGAGGAUUCUCAAACGCAUGACCAUUCUCAUAAUCAUAAGCAACAAAUAUGGCUGAUUCUUAUCAUUGUCAUUUUAAUUGCCUUGCUGGGAUUUUCCGUGUUCUUCUUCUUUUGCAGAAGAAAGCUUAACCGAAACCGAAGCCAUAACGGAGGUCUAAAGGCUGAGAAAUUGAAGCUGAGGUAUUUCAAAUUGGAGGAGCUAGAGAAGGCUACAGAAAACUUUAGUGCAGACUGUUUGUUGGGGUCUGGUGCAUUUGGCAAUGUGUAUAAAGGUUCCUUUGAAGGUGAAGGUACCUUAGCAAUCAAGCGAGCUCAUGUCGAAUCAUACCAAACCACUGAAGAAUUUAGAAAUGAAGUUAGGCUUCUUUCGACAGUAAACCAUCCGAAUCUCGUAGCUUUGGUAGGGUUUUCCGAAGAAUCUGGACCAAAAGGAGCAAAAAUAUUGGUGUAUGAAUAUGUACCACAUGGUUCUUUGCUUGAGUAUAUCAUAGGAAGAGGUGGAAGAAACUUCACAUGGAGGCAAAGAGUAAACAUAGCCAUUGGAGCCGCUAAAGGAAUAGCUCACUUGCAUGAUGGGAUUAAGCCUAGCAUAAUUCACAGAGAUAUUAAACCUAGCAAUAUUUUAAUUGGAGAAAGGUUUGAAGCCAAGGUCUCAGAUUUUGGACUUGUGAAAAUGGGACCUAUUGGGGAUCAAUCACAUGUUAGUAGCCAAGUUAAAGGAACACCAGGGUACCUUGAUCCUGCAUAUUGUACAAGUUUCCAUUUAAGUCCUUUUAGUGAUGUUUAUAGCUUCGCUGUUAUACUUCUGCAACUCGUUUCUGGCCGGCCGGCCGUGGAUACAACUAGGAAUCACAUCAUUGAUUGGCAACCUGCAAACUUAGACCAAACAUGUGCUGAGGUAGCUGUUGAAAAAUGCAGGCAAGGCCGAGUAUCGAGAGGGGCAACAUCGAAGAAAUCCUCGAUACAACUCUUAUCCAAACCAUGCAAUAUGGAAAUGAUGCUGAAAAUGGGUGAACUCGGUCUAAGAUGCGUGGCAAAAACGCCUAAAGACCGUCCUACGAUGACUCAGGUUUGGCAAGAAUUGGAGAACACAUUCAACGAACAUCCUUCGUUAAGUUCAAAAACAACAACAACAACCAAGUUUCCUCAAUCGACCGAACAAGGCAUAUCAUUCGAACAAGAUUGUUCCCAAAGCUUCGUGAGCAUAGAUGGUGUCGGGUUUCAAAAGUUCCAUAUCGAAUUAGAUAGCAUUUCAUCACAAAGUAACAGCUUAAGAUGUUUUGAGAUCAACAGUGCAAGUAUCGAUAUUGAUAAGGAGAAUCUAAAAUAUUAAUCAAAAAAGUAAAUUGUAUGUUUUCAAGCUGUAGGAACCAGCAUUAUGUUGAUCUAUUUGUUACAAAACAUAGGGUUCCUUAUGUUUAGGUGUCUGAAACAGGUAAAUGUAAGGCAAACCAGGUGCUGUAUAUUAGGAUGUAAGGAACAAUAACCAGUCAAUAAAUAAAAUCAAACAGUCACAAUUUGUAGAAAA